UUCUUUUUUUCUUGUAAAAUUUCAUCUGAAUUAUUUUCCUUCUAACUUAAAAAAAAAUAAAAAUUAAGAGAGAGACAUGGGUAAGCAAGGUCCUUGCUAUCACUGUGGAGUUACAAGCACCCCUCUUUGGCGCAAUGGGCCUCCCGAGAAGCCAGUGCUGUGCAAUGCAUGUGGAUCUCGGUGGAGGACAAAGGGGACACUUGCAAAUUAUACCCCACUUCAUGCGCGGGCUGAAUCUGAUGAUUAUGAGGAUCACAGGGUUGCCAGAGUAAAGAGUAUAUCUAUAAACAAGAACAAAGACGUGAAAGUUCUCAAACGAAAGUCAAGUCAUGAUUAUAUGGCAGCUGGAGGGUUUGUCCCUGAUUACAACCAAGGUUUUCGAAAGGUUGUUGAAGAAGAUACAAGUAACAGAUCCAGUUCUGGCUCAGCAAUAUCUAAUUCUGAGAGCUGUGUACAAUUUGGCAGUGCAGAUGCAAGUGAUUUGACAGGUCCAGCCCAGUCAAAUGUGUGGGACUCGUUGGUGCCUUCCAAAAAGAGGACCUGUGUCAAUCGUCCGAAGCCAUCUCCAGUGGAGAAGCUUACCAAAGAUUUGUAUACUAUUUUACAUGAACAACAGUCUUCAUACUUCUCUGGAUCUUCAGAAGAGGAUUUGCUUUUUGAGAGUGAAACACCAAUGGUUUCUGUUGAGAUAGGACAUGGAAGCGUUUUAAUUCGACAUCCAAGUUCAAUUGCUCGAGAUGAGGAAUCUGAAGCUAGCUCGCUAUCAGUUGAAAACAAACAAUACUCAGCAAAUGAGGCCUAUUCACGUUCAUUGACCCUCCCCGUACAUAAUUAUAACAUGGGCAACAACUUUUCAAGUAGUAGCAUGGACAAAGCUAAGAACCCUUUUGGACAAGGGAUGCAACAAGAUCAACUUAAGAGGGACAAAUUUCUGCAUGAAAAAUUACAAGUCCUGGGAAACCAUAAUUCACCACUAUGUGAUAUAGAUUUAAAUGAUAUUCUCAACUUUGAGGUGUUUUUGGGACACUUGACAAAUGAGGAGCAGCAGCAACUACUGAAGUAUCUACCCCCGCUUGACACUGCUAAAUUCCCGGAUAGCCUCAGAAGUAUGUUUGAUAGCCUUCAAUUCAAGGAGAACUUAGCUUCCUUCCAGCAACUGCUUGCAGAAGGUGUCUUUGAUUUAUCAUUCCAAGGGACAUCAACUGAAGACUGCAAGACUUUAAAAAGGCUUUCACUUUCCCAUUUGACGACAUCCAAAUGGGUGGAGCGCUAUAAUUUACUCAAGAAAUGUAAAAGUAAUGCUGGAGCGUCCAUUGUUGCAAGGGGGCCAAAUGCCAUUGCAUCGAAUAAUGUAUUAAAUGUCAAGAGAUCACGUGACAGCCAAAAUCAGAAAUUUCCAGAAGCAAAGAAUAUGAUGAAGAGCCCGAAAAGGGUGAUUGUGAAGGCAACAUAUGAAAAUAAGGAGCUCAUAGACAAUGAUGGCUCUUGCUUUAGUCCAAGAAGCUUAUUUGCCUUGCCCACUGACAGUAGCUCCCUCAUGCUGGAAUCUCUCAAUUUUGUAGAUGAAAGUUCUGAUCAGGAUUUGCUGCUGGUGGACGUGCCAUCCAACAGCUCAUUCCCUCAGGCAGAGCUUCUUCACCCAGCUUUAAGUUUUGGCCAAGCUAGUACUAGUAGUAGCUCAGUUUAUCCAAAUCCUGCCCGACCGUAAGAGGGCUUGCCAAACGGUUACUUGAUUGCCAGGGCUAUAUAGGUCUUCCUUCAGCCAGAUCCUGUGACUGGGAUCCACAUACUUGCAUGCCAAAUACAAAAACAUCUGUGAAUUGAGGUUUGCUGGUUGCGCUAUUUUCCCCUUGACCUUUUUUAAUAUGGAAUGCUCAGAGAUAAUGGGUGGGUUUUUUGUAUAGGUUGACAACAGAUUGUAAUAUAUAGCUCAAAAAUGCAGUAGAGGUAGUAAUUUUCAGAAUUAUGUAUGCAAAAUGUAGUUUUUUCACUUGCAAAGUAACUUUUGCGAC